AUGAACACAAACGAAUGGAACAAUAUUGAUAACACAUAUUAUGGAAAACAGAAACUAAGUAACAUGCUAUGGAGUAAUGAAGAUGUGCUUCGAGAUGGUAUUGCAUGCUCAGGGAAUAUAGGUUUAAUGGCCGUUUUGAGAAAUAAAGAGAAAAUUGAUAUUUACAAUAAGGAAGAUAACUUAAAAAUUUACACAAACAUUGGUAGAUUAAUAUCUAGUUGUAAAUUAACGUCAGAUGGGUUAAUAUGUUUUGGAUGGAAUAAAAAUAAUGACCUAGUUUUAUUAUUUAAAGACAAUAUAGUUAGAGUAUAUUCAUGUUUUUGUGAAAAAAUAUAUGUAUUUUCAUUAGAUGAAAAUAUAAAAAAUGAGGGCAUAUUAUAUGGCUCCAUAUGUGAAGAAGGAAUAAUUAUAAUUACAGAACGUUUGAAUAUUUAUGUUAAUUAUUACUUUAAUGGUAACAAUUGUGUUAAAUACCCAUCGGUUGAUUUGAAAGGGAAACCAAAUUGUGUAUGUUCUGUGGAAGAGGAUAAAGUUCAUGAUGAGUUAAACAUCGAACAUAAUUAUUUUGAUAAUAAGCCUAAUAAUGAUUUGUUAAGGUUAAAUAUUAAGAAUUAUAUUACCAACCCAUUUGAUAGUAAAAAGGAAAAUGUGAAUGAUAAUUUUAGAGCAAAAAGCAAUGCCCUUACCGAGAGUGCGGAUAAUUAUAAUACAAUAUUGACAUCACAAAAUGUGGCAGAGAAAAAAUCCAAAAGAAUAUUAAUGAAAAUAUCUGCCUACGACUUGAACAAAAAGGAAGAAAAAAAUAACUCAACAAAAAAUUCAGCUAAAUCGGAUAAAAAAGAAGAAAAGGAAUUAAACAUACAUCUCAUAAUUGCCCUAUGUAAAGGUGGAUUUUUACUGAUAAAUAAAAAUCGUUUUAAAUUUUAUGAUACAGAUUAUACUAGUGUUUAUACAAAUAUGUGCAUAUCCAAAUCGGGAAGCAUUUUGGCUUUCUUAGCGGAUAAUGGUAUCAUAAAAAUAUAUUUAACAAAAAAUUUAAAUAAAUGUAUAGAAGAAACUAUUUUAGACAGUAAGAAAAGUAUUAAACAAAUUGUCUGGUGUGGUGAUGAUUGCUUAGCAGUUUACACACCAAUGAUAACUCCAUCGAAUUAUAUUCAGCAUAUGUUAUUUAUUGGUGGUCCUAAGAAUCAAUGGAUACCUUAUCAAUACAGAAACGACUUGUAUCUGAUUGGAGACAUAUAUGGAGUAAAAAUUAUAAGUAAAGAAAAUUGCGAAUAUAUUAGUAGAAUCAGAAAAUCCACAUUUAACAUUUUCAGUAUAGGUAGUUGUACCCCAUCAGCUAUGCUUUAUUAUUCAUAUGAAAAAUAUAGAAAUGGAAACAGCUGUCUGGACGAUGAAAUAAGAGCAUUUAAUAACAAUUUGGAAGUUGCAAUUGAAGAGUGUUUAAAUGCUGCUACACACGAAUAUAACGAAAAUGUCAUUAAUCUCCUUCUUCAAACAUCUCUAUUUGGGAAAAAUUUCAUGAAAGAUAAUUAUAAUUGUAAGAAAUUUUUAUUAACUUGUUUAUAUUUACGAAUAUGUAUCAAUGUUAGAAAGCCACCUUUAGAUAUUUUUCUAACGGCAUCUGAGCUGCAGUACAUUAGCAUUCCUUCCUUUGUCAAUUACAUUGCCAGACGAAAAGAGUAUCUUUUAGCCUAUCGGAUUUGUGAAUAUGCAGGAAUUAAAACAGAAAAAAUACUAACCGAAUGGUGCAAGGAAAAAAUUGAAAAAUCGAUUGAAUUAACAGAUGAACAGUUGUGUGCAUCUAUAACAGAAAAAAUUGGAAACAAAAAAAAUAUAGAUUAUUCUUACAUCGCCUUUGUUGCUGCCAAAUGCUUGAGACCACAGUUAGCUACUAUCAUUAUUCAAUAUGAAGAAAACAAAAAGAAGCAAAUUGACAUGUUACUUAAAUUAGCCAAUUACAGCUCAGCUAUUGAAAAAGCUAUUCUGUCCAAAGAUAUCGAACUUGUGUAUAUGUGUAUUAUAAACAUUUUAAAUCAAGAAAAGGUCAAUGCCAAUGGGGAAAGGGAAUUAUCAACUCUGAUAGAUGUUUUUAACAAAAAUGUACAAGCUGCUAAUUGUUUUUAUAUUUAUUGUAAAAAAACAAAACAGUAUAAUUUACUUAAAGAAUUUUACGAAAAAAAUGGUCAACACUCUAAAGCAGCUUUUGUUACUUUAGAUCUAGCUCUUUCCAAAAAAAACUUGGACCAAAAGAAAACGUGGUUAGCUUAUUCUGCAGGGUUCCUAACAACGGAUCAAAUGAAUAGCCACAUUAAAUUUGUACAUAAAUCUUUGAUGAAUAACAUUGAUUUGUUAAACUAUCAAAAAGAGUUAGAAAUGAAAUAUAAUAAAAAAUCCGUCAUAGGAUACCCCCAUAAAAUCCAAGGAUUAUCCUUAAUGAAGACCGUAGAAUAUAUCAUAUCAGUUGGGGAAUUUUUGGACGCCGAUCAUAUUUUUAAAAAGUUUAAAAUAUCAGAACCUAAAUUUUGGAGAUGUAAAAUACAUGCCCUAGCUAAAAAUAAAUAUUUUGAUGAAUUGUACAACUUUGCCCAUUAUAGAGUAUCACCAAUAGGUAUGGACUAUUUUAUCGAAUGUUCCCAUGAAUAUGGCUCUAUACCUCUAACCAUUAAGUUAAUUCAAAAAAUUAAGGACUUGAAUUUGCAGUAUAAAUGGUUUACAAAAUUGAACAUGCAGAAUGAAGCAGAAAGUGUGUUGGAAGAAAUCAAGGCUCAAAAAAUAACAACUACGUCUCUUUUUCAGACCAUAUCGGAUGCUAUAUCCAACAUGCGAUAG